CUUUUGUUUACAUAAAUUGCUGAAAUUCGCAAAUAUACAAAAUAGCAUUUUACUAUAAUUAACAGAGCCAUUAGAUCAUCAAAAAUGAAACCAAUAGCAGCAGAUGAGAUGUUCCCAGAAGGGAUUGAUGUAGAAGAUAGCGCAAUUGUGCUGGAUUCAUUGCAUGAUGGUCAAAAGGAUAUCCAUUCGGAUUUCUAUAAUGAUUUUGAAGACUUAUUUGACGAAGAUCUCGAUUAAUUCCGCUGUAAUUUAUUUUUAAUUUAUCUAAUAAAGAAUACUAAUAAGCAAG